UAGCCCGUUCUAGUCAUUAAAAACAUCGUUAGCAAACGGAAUAGCCUGCUAAAUUCAGUUUCAUUCACGCAGCGACUAUCAUCAAACCCGCAACACGUGUAGGUUUCCUAAGUUUUAAUUCUUGGCAUUACCAAAACCAUACAAUCAUGCUGCGAGGAAGUCUUCAAUUGACCAAUUUGGCCAAGAACAAAUUGGUUGUGCCAAGAUAUUUGAGCACUACUGCAGUGAACCUUAAAACAGUUACCAACAAUGAAAAGCCUGCAAAACCAGCCGGAGAAAACCUAUCAUUCACAAUGAACAUGUUCAGGGGCCAAGUACAAAGUAGCCAAGUCUUCCCUUAUCCAAAUGUAUUAAAUGAAGAAGCCAGGGAAACCAUUCAGAUGCUGGUUGACCCAUUUCAAAAGUUUUUUGAGGAAGUAAAUGACCCAGCAAAGAAUGAUGCACUUGAAAAAGUUGAAGAUAAAUGCCUGGAAGCGCUGUGGGAUAUGGGAGCGUUCGGUAUUCAGGUCCCGCAAGAACUUGGCGGUCUUGGACUGAUGAAUACACAAUAUUCGCGCCUGGUGGAGAUCGUCGGCAUGCAUGACAUGGGCGUUGGUAUUACCCUUGGUGCGCAUCAAUCUAUCGGCUUCAAAGGAAUCCUGCUCUACGGCACAGACGAACAAAAGAAGAAGUACCUCCCGAUGGUGUCGACAGGCAAACACUACGCUGCUUUCUGCCUGACGGAACCCUCCUCCGGUUCGGAUGCUGGUUCGAUCAGAUCCCGCGCUGUUUUGUCCGAUGACGGCAAGCAUUACAUCCUGAACGGAUCGAAAAUCUGGAUCAGUAACGGAGGACUUGCUGAAGUAAUGACUGUUUUCGCCCAAACUCCGAUCAAAGACCCUAAAACAGGCGAAACCAGAGAUAAAGUCACCGCGUUUAUUGUCCAGCGCAGUUUUGGUGGUGUGACCAACGGUGCCCCUGAGAAAAAGAUGGGCAUCAAAGCGUCCAACACAGCAGAAGUAUACUAUGACAAUGUGAAAAUCCCCAUUGAAAAUGUCCUCGGCGGCGUGGGUAACGGCUUCAAAGUAGCGAUGAACAUUUUAAACAACGGCCGAUUUGGUAUGUCUGCUGCGCUUUCCGGUACAAUGCGCACAUGUACAGCCAAAGCCGUGGAAUUCGCCACAAACCGUCUUCAAUUCGGUAAAAAAAUUGAUACUUUCGGCAGCAUUCAGGAAAAGAUCGCCACAAUGUCCACGCUGCACUAUGUUACCGAGUCUAUGGCUUACAUGAUUUCUGGCAACAUGGACAGUGGAUCAGAACAUUACCAUCUUGAAGCCGCUGUAUCAAAGAUUUUCGCUUCGGAAGCCGCAUGGUAUGUGUGCGAUGAAGCUAUUCAAAUCAUGGGAGGCAUGGGUUUCAUGAAAGAAACUGGCCUGGAGCGCAUUUUAAGAGAUCUGCGUAUUUUCCGCAUCUUUGAAGGCACCAACGACAUUUUACGAUUGUUUGUUGCACUUACCGGUAUUCAAUACGCCGGCGCGCAUUUGAAAGAACUGCAAAACGCCUUCAGGAAUCCCACGGCGAAUCUAGGACUCAUUUUUGAAGAGGCAUCCAAGAGAGUGGUCCGCUCGGUUGGUCUCGCCACACCGCCAGCGAUGGAUCAUUUGGUGCACAAGGACCUUGCCCAGUCAGCCAAUAUGAUUGCCAAGGGUGUGGAUGCUUUUGGUCAAUCAGUCGAGAUGGUCCUGAUUAAAUACGGCAAGAACAUCGUCGAUGAACAAUUCAUUCUCAACCGACUCGCUGAUGCCGCAAUUGACCUCACCACAAGCGCUGCAGUCCUAUCCAGAUGCACAAAGUCCCUGAAUGAGAAGAUUCCCUCUGCCGAACAUGAGAAACUGAUGACGGAAUCCUGGUGUCUGCAGGCAUCUGAACGCGUCGCUCGGAACCUCAAAGCAGUAUCCACUGGAAAGACGCUCGUCAACUACACCAAAAUGUCCGCGAUUUCGAAAAACGUCUGCAAGGAGCUCGGAAUCGUCCAGAAAAACCCGCUGGGCUUUUAAAUACCUAAAUAAUUUUAUAAAACUUAUAAGUUAAUCCGCAUGGGCAUCGUGGCUCAUUGGCUUUUCUAUUUAUGUCACUUUUUAUAUCUAUUCUGUACAUUUUAACGCUAAGGAAUUGUAUUGAAACGUUAACGGAUUCAUAUAAAACGAUUUUAUUUCCGUA